GUCCCAGCGGCAGCGUACAAAAGGCCGUACCCGGAAACUGCCCCCCCUCAUUCGCGCGUUAGAAGGCUCAGGCCGUUGUGCUGUGCUGUCUUCCCGCCUGCGCCAGGGACCUGCCCAACUCAGUGGACCUCUGAGGAUUUCAGUGGUGUUUGCCACAGGUGACCAUGGCAUCAGACGAGGGCAAACUUUUCGUUGGAGGGCUGAGCUUUGACACCAAUGAGCAGUCGCUGGAGCAGGUCUUCUCAAAAUAUGGGCAGAUCUCAGAAGUGGUAGUAGUGAAGGACAGGGAGACCCAGCGAUCGAGGGGCUUUGGGUUUGUCACCUUUGAGAACAUUGAUGACGCCAAGGACGCUAUGAUGGCCAUGAACGGGAAGUCUGUGGAUGGGCGGCAGAUCCGGGUUGACCAGGCCGGGAAGUCAUCUGAUAACCGAUCCCGUGGGUACCGAGGUGGCUCCUCGGGGGGCCGGGGCUUCUUCCGUGGGGGCCGAGGCCGGGGCCGUGGGUUCUCCAGAGGAGGAGGGGAUCGAGGCUAUGGUGGUAGCCGGUUCGAGUCCAGGAGUGGGGGCUAUGGCGGCUCCAGGGACUACUACAGCAGCCGGAGUCAGGGUGGCAGCUAUGGUGACCGGAGCUCAGGCGGGUCCUACAGAGACAGCUACGACAGUUACGGUAAGUGGCGCUCUGAGGGCCUGCAGUGGGAGCACAGUGAGCCUUAGUGCCCUUUGUGGGCAGCGCUCAGACCUGCUCACUGCUUGCCCACAAGGUCCAAGACUGCCCUCCUGGGUCUUGGUGCCAGCAGCCAUUUCUACCACAAACAUAAUCGUGAAACUAGAUUGACCAAGAAGGAAAGGGAGAGCGAGGGCCCACGGAGCAGGCAGCAUAAGUGCAUGUGGGCCUGCCGUCGCCCGCCACCCUCGGCCGUGGGGGGGUUGGUUGCCCCCGAGGCCGCAGGGCUGAGCCCCCAGGUCUGGGCCCGGGCGUGGAAUGCUGCGUCCUGUCGCGUGCUUCAGUGCCUUUACACUGUGCCUGCUUCUUCUUCUCAGCUACACACAACGAGUAAAAAUCCUGCUCAAGAUCGUCCUUCCAAUGGCUGUAUAUUUAAAGAUUUUGGGAGCUCCGCUGAAUCGUUAAUGUGUAGUGAAUCCACCUCCUUGUACCCACUUUUGUAGUCUUAUCAGUUCCUAUCUUGUCAAACACAGCCUGACUGCUUCUGACCCCAGAUGGCCUCAUUAUUACACUUUUCUUUUUAAAGAAGUGCCAUCUGUUUUUGAGGAUUUUGAACAUGUUUUGCAAAGCACUUCAGGUUUUACUUUUUAUCGUGAGCCAUGAGCUUUUUAGAAAAAUCAUUGAGGGUUGCGAGAGUUUGAGUUUGGGUUGUGUUGCCUUUUUUCUCUUUUUCGUGGGGUCGGCCCCAAGUAGUUAGGGGCCCCGAGUCACUUGUCUUUUGAGUCUGAACGGACUCUGAAUCCGCUCUUUGUCGGAAGCUGAGCACACUGUGGCUUUUUUUCAGCUCCGUGUAAUGUUCCUGAGCGUAGCAUGGUAUGGUAGGACCGGGUGGCGGCAGAGGUGCCCGGCUGCCUGGCCCCACCGCCCCUCUGUACUGUAUCAUCCACGGUAGACUUGCAGACGUCCCAAGAGUUUCUUGAAAAUGUUUAUUUAUAUUGUCUUUUUUUUUACUGGAAGACGUGUGCAUAUGUCAUCGAUGUUGUAUUUGAAGUGGCUAAGGAAUUCUUGUAUGCAGUUUUCUUUGGCUUCACGAAGCCGAUUAAAAGCCCGUCUGAAUGAACCUGCUCUGACCAUCUCCCUUUGAUCACACCACACUUUCCCUGCUGCGGACUCGCAGCAGGCAGACCUGAGCAGAGAGGGCAGCUUGAGGAUUAGGUCCACCAGUCCUUCCUGAGGCUGCCGAGAGCUAGAGGAGAAAGGCAGAGGCAAUGACGCUGGCCAGGCCCCUGUGACAGCGGACUGCCACUGGUCCCAGUUAGGUGAGCAGGUGGGUGAUGGGAGUGGGCUCUUGGACCACAGGGCAGCACCGGGAGGCCUCUGGCAGUGGCAGCCAGAGGGCUCGACAGGGCGGGCAGCCAAGCAGGGACGGUGGACACACGGGCACCUGACAUUGACCCCGAGCACUUUAGUUUAGAAGCAGGCCAGAGAGCAGACGUAAGCAGUGUCCUUGGGUGACUCCAGAUCGACCAGUUUGUUAGCUAGCUCUGCUGUUGCUUUACAAGUUCUGAGCGUUCUCUGCUAGCCUAUGGAAGCUGCAGCCCCUCGGAGGACAGAAGUGUUGUGCGCCCAACAGAAACCUCUGAGACGCAAGCUGCUCCCUGGGCUAGCUCAUAUGUGGAGAUAGUCCUGUAAUUCGAGGUAACUCCUUUUGCUCGUCCACAUCCCUCUUCUUGUCCAGAGCUCUUUUGAAAGUAAAGUCAUGUAACCGGGGAAUGUUCCUUUGACUGGUUUUUGCUCUUCCAUUUUUUUUUUUCUUUUUUUCUUUUUUUUUUUUUUUUUAAAUCAAGCUAGACCUAAAGGCAGAGCCCAGCCGUUUGCCCUUUCCUGCCUGCGACCAGGCAUUCGGCCAGGCAGCUGUGCCUCACCAGUAGGUUCGAUCCGUAAGCAGGAUUGGAGACCACCGAACGGCCCUGCCUUUUGGAUUUUUUUUGUUCAUCAGUUGUCUUCUCAAGACCUCUUUAAGUCACUCUGCUAACUAGCUCUCUGAUGUCUAUUGCUGCCAUGAGUUUUUUCUCAGAGCCCACGCCAAUUUCUAAGCAGCUCCUUCCCAAGUGGGUAAUCGGGCUUGAGAGUGGAAGGUGGCCUGGCCCAUCUGAAAGGCACAGGCCUGCCCUGGGCAUGCCGGCCUGUGGCAGGGCUUCUAGGGUUGGCCCCGAUGACUAGCUUGAGACCCUUCCAGGAGCUGUGGAUGGUUUCAGGGGAGGUGGGGAGGGCAGCUGUGAGCUCAGCGUGGGCAUCAAGGUUAACACUCCUUUGCUUUGACAGGUUGAGUGGAAGCCAGUGCAACUCAGAAGGGUGGCCUGAGAGCUGUAGGGACCUGGGGUAACGUCCCAGGAAGGAAUCACCUUGAAGCCUGAGGCAGAGGCACAGCUGCCUGCCCUCACAGACCUUCACCUGUGCUUCACUGGCAAGGUCAGGGUGCGGGGCUUCCAGGAGGACAGGCACGUGGCCCUUGUGUGACAGCCAGUCCUCAUAGGCGACUGACAAGACAAAUGUGGAAAUCACACUUGAAUAAAGGGAUGGCAUGUGCACCAAAAAUCUGACUCUGGUGUGGGGUGUGGUGCGGCCGUGUAGGGCUGGUGGCAAGGGGUAUGGUGAGGCAUCCACUACAAAAAGCCUCUUCUGCCCUUUGUUCAGGGACAUAAGGGUUACUUCAUUAUCCCCUUGGGAUGUUCUCUUGGGGUCUGAGGAGCAUGGUCAGUCCACUCCCAAAGAGGAGGUGGUCCCUUGGCACCUGCUCUUGGGUGGGUACACAUCUCUGGCAGGGCCCAGGCUGAGGUCUUUUUCUUUUCUUUUUUUGUCUUUUUAGGUCUGCACCCGUAGCGUACGGAGGUUUCCAGUGUAGAGGUCAAACUGGAGCCGUAGCUGCUGGCCUAAGCUACAGUCACAGCAACACUAGGUCCGAGACUCGUCUGUGACCCACAUAGCUCAUGGCAAUGCCCAGAUCCUUAACCCACUGAGCAAAGUCAGGGGUCGAACGUGCGUCCUCAUGGAUGCUAGUCAGAUUCAUUUCCACUGAGCCACAGUGGCAACUCCCAGGCUGAGGUCUUGGCAGAGUGAGGGGGCACCUUCAUCUUUGCCGUCCUUGCUUCCAAGGCUGGUUGCCUCUUUCUCUGGUCUUGGGUGUAGAGCAUUAGGGUCAAGCCCUGGUUCUAGCUGCUUUGGGCUCUGAGGCAAUCACCUUCACCCACCCCAACCCCUGCAGCGUCCGGCUUUUUGUGGACCGAGUCUUACACAUCCCCACCCCCGUUCUUCCACUUGGUGUGUCUGGUUCUUCCUGGCCUCUUCCCAAAAGAGGAUGCCCAGUUUCACAGCCGGGACUGGUCUCCUCUUUGGGAGGGUCAGGGCCAGGGGUCCACCCUGCUGUUGUCACUGAAACGUAGGGCAAGUGGAGGCUGUGGAGGCUGGGGCCAAGGACGCAUGAAUUCCCAGGGCCAGGGUGGGAGGAAGGCCCGUAGGGCAGGUUGUGCCUGCCCCGCCCCCUCGCAGUCUGACGCUGCAGGACCUGCGCCUGUGGCCUGGCGAUGGGGCGGCGGUGGGAACAGAACUGAGGCUCUGUACCUACCAGGGUUUGGCUUUGAGCGAUGCGGAACUACCCAGGGCUUGGGUGAGGCAAGGUGAGCAGCCGGGGGCGGGGCCGGGGCGGAAGUUCCGGGUAGUGGGCACCGCCCCCGCGGGCCAUUGGCUGGUACCCGCCCCCGCGCUAGUGACUGACACUCGCGGGGGCGCAGCGCAGCCACUGCUUCCGCCGGGCCAUGGGGCCGCGCGUGCUGCUGCCGCGGCUUCUACUGCUGCUGCCGCCGGCGCUAUUGCUGCCGGCGCUGCUGUGCGGAGCCGAGGAGGCCGCACCCCCAUCGCUGCGCUCUACGCGCUCUACGCAGGCCGCACUGUCGCCGCCGCCCGCCGUGACGAACGGGAGUCAGCCGGGCGCGCCGCACAACAGCACACACCCGGGGCCGCUGGGCUCGUCAGGCUCGCCGCUGGUGCGCUCCAUCUACGUGGUCACGGGCCUCAUCUGCCUGGCCUUGCUCUACUUCCUCAUCCGGGCAUUCAGGUGCGUCAUGCGCACGCUACUGCCGCCGCCUUGGCAUGGCUAAUCAGCUUGCGCUUUGCGCCUCACGUGAUGGGGCGCGAGAGCCCCGCCUCUCUGGUGCUGUUUGUCCGUGUCACUUGCCCGGGUGGGUGGGCCAGACAGUCACGUGACGCGUCGCUGUUUCAUAACGCUGGGGCGCUGCUCGCUCUUUUUUUUUUUUUUGGCUUUUUGGCUUUUUGCUAUUUCUUUGGGCCGCUGCCACGGCAUAUGGAGGUUCCCUGGCUAGGGGUCUAAUCGGAGCUGUAGCCGCCAGCCUACACCAGAGCCACAGCAACGCUGGAUCCGAGCCGCGUCUGCAACCUACACCACAGCUCAUGGCAACGCCGGAUCCUUAGCCCACUGAGCAAGGGCAGGGACCGAACCCGCAACCUCAUGGUUCCUAGUCGGAUUCGUUAACCACUGCGCCACGACGGGAACUCCUGCUCGCUCUUUUAUAGACUUAGGCUGGGAGGUUGGAGUUUGUGGGGUGCUGUGGGUUCCCGGAGAGCCCGGGGCAUUUUGCAGCUCCCUCAGCCUGGCGACGAGCAGAGCAACCGCCAACCUGACUUGAGUCUGCAAUCCCGGCCUGGCUAUGUCCUUCCCUGUAGUUAAUGCCCACAGACCAGCCUGGUCCCACAGGCUGAGCCAGACCGGAGCCCGCGCCCCCCGCCCCAGAACCUUUCGCCUACUGUUUUUUCAGCCCGGAGCAGUUUGUGGUCUUAAGCGUCUAGGUUCUGCACAUGCUUUCCUCAAAAAAUCGAGGGAGUUUUUCUCUCCUCCGUUGGCACUACUGUGGGUGCACAGUGUUCUUUUUCCCGCUGAGUACUUGCUGCAUCCACCGCAGAGGCCCCCCCACCUAUCCCCUUUCUCUGGUGGUGAUCAGGAGCCAGGGCUUUUACCUGAGGCAGUCCUCAAUUUGAACUCUGGAAAACCUUCACUCUUAGAGUCAGUCUUCUCAUCAGUAAAAUGGGAUGACAGUGCCCCCUCCGCCCCCCUGCCCCAUCCUAGCCUAGGGUCUUCCACCCUGAGAGCUUGUCAAGGGACAUGUCCACCUCCUGUUACUGAUAUAAGAGGAACCAAUAAUCAUUGUGAUCUUUUUUUUUUUUUUUUUUUUUACUACCACACCUAUGGCAAAUGGAAGGUCCUGGGUCAGGGGUCAAAAUGGAGCUGCAGCUGUGGUCUGCUCUGCAGUCACAGCAACGCUGGAUCCAAGCCACACUUGUGACCUCUGCUGAAGCUUGCAACAACGCCAGAUCCUUAACCCACUGAGCAAGGGGUCAGGGAUCAAACCUACAUCCUCACAGAGACAACACUGGGUCCUUAACUUGCUGAACCAUAGUGGGAACCCUCUUUGUGACCAGUAUGAGAAGAAGCACAAUCAGACCAGGAAGGUUCACAGUAAGGCUUUGGGGGCCUAGCAGAAGAGGAUUCUUGGAGAAGGAGGGGAGGGGGAAAGGGUGUCAGCAGCUCCUGGGGGUUGGCGUGAGAGGGCCACUGAGUGAGCCUGGGCCUGCUUUCAGGUUGAAAAAGCCACAGCGGAGGCGGUACGGGCUCCUGGCCAACAGCGAGGACCCCACUGAGACAGCCUCGUUGGAUAGCGAUGAGGAGACGGUCUUUGAAACAAAGAAUCUGAGAUGAUAUUCAUGUUGGGAAGGCGGCAUUUUCAGCGGCCCUGGGGGACAGACAGGAGACAGGGCCCACCGAUUCUCCUGCUGGACCAGAGAGCUUGUGUGGGACCUACCUGGCCACUUGAAGCCACCUCAGCCCUCCAGAUGGACAAGACUGCCCAGGAUACUGGCUGGAAGUCAGAGGGGCCCUGGCAGCCCCACCCAGGACUCUGAGGUCCCCUGGCCACAUUGUGACUUGUGUCAGUUGCUCUUCCUGGUGGGGAUGUGGCACCCCGAGUUGAGGCCUGGUAGGUGGGAGGGCUAAGGGGUCUGUCUGGAAGUACCUAACCCCUGGGCUGGGGACAAUAAAGGCAGCAGUGGUUUUGCA